GGCAUUGUGUGGCAGGUUUGCACACUGAAAGGUCCCUGGACUGGCGUUCUGCAAACUUACUUGACUUAUUGUUAAAGGCUCCGGGAGGAAAUGCGGCGGUGGCCAGGAGCUGACUGUGGAGUGAGAACACAUCUCAGGAAAAGAGGCAGAAGAGUAGAAAAUUGUGACGUAAAACAGCCUUACCACCUUUCAUCUGUGAAUGAAAAGUUAGCAGAAAUUGUUCUUUUGCCAGCCUUCUGUGGUCAGCUCAUCUGGAGGAAUUUUCCAGGUGCCCCCAGUGAGUGAGACAGCCACUCUCUGUUGCAGGCAAAUGGACUCAGGGGUGACACGAGAGACAAAAGAGUAUUGAAAAUGUUGAAGGCAGUGCUGAAGAAGAGCCGAGAGGGAGGAAAAGGAAGCAAGAAAGAAGCUGGAGGUGAUUUCAGUUCAGAGACUCCCGUCCUGCCCCCUGGUCAUGGUGGUGACUGUCCUGCGAGCAGUCUUCCUGCAGCAGAGGAUAUCUAUCGUGUGAGCUUGGCUAAAGGUGUCUCCAUGUCUCUGCCUUCCUCACCCUUGCUGCCGCGACAGUCUCACUUGGCACAGUCAAGAUCAAACAAAAAAUCCCCAGGUCCCGUCAGGAAGCCCAAGUAUGUGGAAAGCCCCAGGGUGCCUGGAGACGCAGUUAUGAUCCCGUUCAGAGAAGUGUCCAAGCCCUCAGAGCCCAGUGAGAAUGAAGCAAAGGCCGAUAAUGAACCUAGCUGUUCGCCAGCCGCUCAAGAACUGUUGACAAGGCUGGGAUUUUUACUGGGAGAAGGGAUCCCAAGUGCCACACACAUAACCAUUGACGACAAAAACGAAGCCAUGUGCACAGCUCUGAGCCAAGGCAUCAGUCCUUGCUCCACACUCACAAGCAGCACGGCCUCUCCUAGCACCGAUAGCCCAUGCUCAACCCUGAAUAGCUGCGUCAGCAAGACGGCAGCCAACAAAAGUCCCUGUGAGACCAUUAGCAGCCCUAGUUCCACCCUGGAGAGCAAGGACAGUGGAAUUAUAGCCACAAUUACAAGUUCAUCCGAAAAUGAUGACCGGAGUGGCUCCAGUUUGGAAUGGAAUAAAGAUGGAAGCCUAAGGUUAGGGGUUCAGAAGGGAGUGCUUCAUGAUCGCAGGGCAGAUAACUGCUCCCCAGUGGCAGAAGAGGAGACCACUGGGUCAGUGGAAAGCGUGCUGCCCAAAGCGGAAUCCUCAGCUGGAGAUGGUCCGGUCCCUUAUUCUCAGAGCUCCAGCUCGCUAAUAAUGCCACGACCCAACUCAGUUGCAGCGACAAGCUCUACCAAAUUGGAAGACCUGAGUUAUUUAGAUGGGCAGAGAAAUGCUCCUCUCCGGACGUCAAUCAGAUUACCGUGGCACAAUACAGCUGGAGGUAGGGCACAGGAAGUUAAAGCACGAUUUGCUCCCUAUAAGCCACAAGACAUUUUGUUGAAACCCCUGCUGUUUGAAGUCCCAAGCAUCACAACUGAUUCUGUGUUUGUGGGAAGGGAUUGGCUCUUUCACCAGAUAGAAGAAAACCUGAGGAACACAGAACUGGCAGAAAAUAAAGGAGCAGUGGUUAUUGGAAAUGUGGGAUUUGGGAAGACAGCCAUCAUUUCCAAGUUGGUGGCACUGAGCUGCCAUGGAAGCCGCAUGAGGCAGAUUGCAUCAAACAGCCCCGGUUCACCCCCUAAAACCUCAGAUCCAACUCAGGACCUUCCUUUCACUCCGUUACUUUCACCAAGUUCUUCCACAAGUGGUCUCACUGGGGCUAAAACACCUGCUGGGUCCAAUACUUCUGAAAACCAGAGGCCGAGAGAGGAUGCAGUGAAAUCCCUCGCUGCUAAGGUAGUGGCCUACCACUACUGUCAGGCUGACAAUACUUACACGUGCCUGGUGCCUGAGUUUGUGCACAGCAUCGCCGCUUUGCUCUGCCGGUCCCACCAGCUGGCCGCCUACAGAGACCUUCUGAUCAGGGAGCCCCAGCUGCAGAGUAUGCUGAGCCUCCGGUCCUGCGUGCAGGACCCUGUGGCUGCUUUCAAGAGGGGCGUGUUGGAACCACUCACAAGCCUGAGAAACGAGCAGAAAAUUCCUGCAGAAGAUUACAUUAUUUUGAUAGAUGGCUUAAAUGAAGCUGAAUUUCAUAAACCUGAUUACGGAGAUACACUUUCUUCAUUUAUUACCAAAAUUAUUUCAAAAUUUCCUGUCUGGUUGAAGUUGAUUGUGACUGUGAGAGCAAAUUUUCAGGAAAUCAUCAGCACGUUGCCAUUCGUCAGGGUUUCCUUAGACGACUUCCCAGACAACAAAGACAUUCACAGUGACCUGCAUGCCUACGUCCAGCACAGGGUCCACAGCAGCCAGGACAUCCUGAGCAACAUCUCCCUGAAUGGCAAGGCCGACGCUGCCCUCAUUGGAAAAGUGAGCAGCCACCUGGUACUGCGCAGCCUUGGCUCCUACCUGUACCUCAAGCUCACCCUGGACCUCUUCCAGCGGGGACAUCUGGUCAUCAAAAGUGCCAGUUACAAGGUGGUGCCUGUGUCUCUGUCCGAACUCUACCUGCUGCAAUGCAACAUGAAGUUCAUGACCCAGUCUGCCUUUGACAGAGCACUUCCUAUUUUAAAUGUGGCUCUUGCAUCCCUCCAUCCCAUGACGGAUGAGCAGAUUUUUCAAGCUAUUAAUGCUGGCCAUAUCCAAGGAGAGCAGGGCUGGGAAGACUUUCAGCAGAGGAUGGAGGCCCUUUCCUGCUUCCUCAUUAAGAGGCGAGACAAAACUCGCAUGUUCUGCCACCCGUCCUUCAGGGAGUGGCUGGUGUGGAGAGCAGAUGGUGAAAGCACAGCCUUCUUAUGUGAGCCCAGGAAUGGACAUGCCCUCCUGGCAUUCAUGUUCUCUCGGCAGGAAGGCAAACUGAACCGCCAGCAGACCAUGGAGCUCGGCCACCACAUCCUGAAGGCGCACAUCUUCAAGGGCCUCAGUAAGAAGACGGGAAUCUCUUCAAGCCAUCUGCAGGCCCUGUGGAUUGGCUACAGCACAGAGGGGUUGUCUGCUGCCCUGGCCUCUCUCAGGAAUCUCUAUACGCCCAAUGUGAAGGUGAGCCGUCUUCUGAUUUUGGGAGGGGCCAAUGUGAACUACAGGACAGAAGUGUUAAAUAAUGCCCCAAUCCUGUGCGUCCAGUCGCACCUCGGCCAUGAGGAAGUUGUCACUCUGCUUCUGGAAUUUGGUGCCUGCCUGGAUGGGAUGUCAGAGAAUGGCAUGACUGCACUCUGCUAUGCAGCAGCUGCUGGCCACAUGAAGCUGGUGGGCCUGCUGACCAAGAAGGGAGCGAGGGUGGACCACUUGGAUAAGAAAGGCCAGUGUGCACUCAUCCACAGCGCACUGCGGGGCCACAGUGACAUUCUCCGGUACCUGCUGGCCUGUGAGUGGUCACCAGGGCCUCCCCAGCCUGGCACACUGAGGAAGAGUCAAGCCCUGCAGCAGGCACUGACAGCAGCCGCCAGUAUGGGCCACUGCUCGGUAGUCCAGUGCUUGCUGGAGAUGGAAGAACAUGAGAUGCAAGUCAAUGGCACUGACACUCUGUGGGGAGAAACAGCCCUGACUGCUGCCGCGGGGAGAGGGAAGCUGGAGGUCUGUGAGCUGCUGCUGGAGCGAGGAGCUGCUGUGUCUCAGACCAACAGGAGAGGGGUCCCCCCUCUGUUCUGUGCAGCCCGCCAGGGGCAUUGGCAGAUUGUCAGGUUGCUGUUGGAACGUGGCUGUGAUGUGAACCUGAGUGACAAGCAGGGACGGACACCCCUCAUGGUGGCUGCCUGUGAAGGACACCUGAGCACCGUGGAAUUCCUCCUUUCAAAAGGUGCUGUCCUCUCUUCUCUGGACAAAGAGGGUCUGUCAGCAUUGAGCUGGGCUUGUCUGAAGGGUCACAGGACAGUGGUCCAGUACCUGGUUGAAGAAGGAGCUGAGAUAGACCAGACUGACAAGAAUGGCCGCACUCCCUUGGACCUGGCUGCCUUCUAUGGUGACGCUGAGAUUGUGCUGUACCUGGUUGAGAAGGGAGCUGUGAUCGAGCAUGUGGACCACAGUGGAAUGCGCCCCUUGGACAGAGCCAUCGGCUGUCGCAACACCUCCGUAGUGGUUACACUGCUCAGAAAAGGAGCCAAACUAGGAAAUGCUGCUUGGGCGAUGGCCACUUCCAAACCUGAUAUUUUGAUUAUACUUUUACAGAAAUUAAUGGAGGAAGGAAAUGUAAUGUACAAAAAAGGGAAGAUGAAGGAAGCAGCCCAGAGGUACCAGUAUGCCCUAAGGAAGUUUCCUCGAGAAGGAUUUGGGGAAGACAUCAGACCAUUCAAUGAGCUAAGAGUUUCCCUGUAUCUCAAUUUGUCUCGAUGCCGAAGGAAAACCAAUGACUUCGGCAUGGCAGAAGAAUUUGCUUCCAAGGCUCUGGAAUUGAAGCCCAAGUCCUAUGAAGCCUUUUAUGCCAGAGCAAGAGCAAAGAGGAAUAGCAGGCAAUUUGUGGCAGCUCUGGCUGACUUGCAGGAAGCAGUGAAACUCUGUCCUACCAAUCAGGAAAUCAAGAGGCUUCUGGCCCGUGUGGAAGAGGAAUGCAAGCAGCUCCAGAGGACCCAGCAGCAAAAACAGCAGGGCCCACUGCCAGCCCCACCCAAUGACUCAGAUAACGAAGAGGACACCCCAACACCUGGACUGAACAAUCACUUCCCUCUUGAGGAGGCUGAAGAGGAAGAGACCUCCCCUCAGGAGGAAUCCAUUUCCCCCAUCCCCAGAUCCCAGCCACCCUCAUCUGUCCCUUCCCCAUAUAUCCGAAACCUUCAAGAAGGGUUACAGUCCAAAGGCAGGCCAGUAUCACCACCAAGCAGGGCAGGCAUCAGCAAGCCCCUCAGGGAGACAGUUGCUCAGCCAGGUCUGGUUAUGCAGCCCACAAAACAGGCACAGAUUGUGAAGACCAACCAGCACCUGGGUUCUGGACAGUCUGGCAUGAGAAACAGCAGCACAAAGAUACAAGUGUCCUCUCAGAAUCCUCCCCAGAGCCCCAUGCCGGGUAGAAUCCCUGCCACUCCUGCUGGGAACAGAAAUCAGCAUCUAGAGGGAGGUCCCUUUACUAUAGGAGCUGGUUGUGGCCACUUUACGGAUCGACUGGGCUCACAGCAGCGCAGUGAGGGUGGCACCGCAUAUCCUUUACCAAGCAAGGUCAAAGCUGCAGAGAGGCUUCUGUCUCAUGCCUCUGUGGCGACAGAUGCAGCCCCUCCGAGCCAGGGUGCACCAGUGAGCUGCAGUGACGUGCGAUACCCAGCCUCCCUCAGCAGCUCGGGCUCUUCUGGUUCUCCAUCUAGCAGCAUAAAGAUGUCAAGUUCAACCAGUAGUUUGACUUCAAGCAGUAGUUUUUCAGAUGGCUUCAAAGUCCAAGGAGCAGAUGCUCGAAUUAAAGACAAAGGUAUAAGCCAGGUGCAGGGGGGUACUGCCGAACACAGGCCCCGCAAUACCCCAUUCAUGGGCAUCAUGGACAAGACGGCAAGGUUCCAGCAGCAACAGAACAACCCUCCAGGCCGUACCUGGCACUGUCAGGUGGGAGAGGGGCUGCUGACAAACACAGCCACUGCAGCUGGCCUGCAGUCCUCUAACUCUGAGAAGCCCUGUCUCAAGUCAGGAUAUUCCACCCAAGCCAAGCCCUGUGCUGUUUCCCCGCUGAGUGGCAGUGUCCACAAUGGGGCCCAGGUGAAGGAGCUUGAGGAAAACAAGUGCCAAAUUCCAGUCCACUGUCAAGACAGCAGGAUAACCAAGAGUGUGUCUCAUCUGUACCAGGAAAGCAUCUCCAAGCAGCCGCCUCACAUCAGCAGUGAAGCCCACAGGAGUCACCUCACAUCAGCGAAACCAAAGCGAUCAUUCAUAGAAUCAAAUGUGUAAGCCUUAAGAGCCAGAUUGUAGAAUUUGGAACAGCUCAUUUGGCUCGUGCUGGUAAAUAAAUAUUUUAUUUUUUAAUCAUAACAAUCACUUUGUAGCCAUAUAUCACCCCCUCUGGGGUAGAUCUGAUGCCACUGACAUAUGGAAAAUGUAGGAUAAAGCUUCUUUAAUAAGUAGCUAGAAGUUACCCAUAAGUAAAAAUACUAAACAGAAUUAAAAACUACAAAUAGCUUAUACCUAUCAAGUUAAAAAUUUAAGACAGCCAAGAAAACAUUAACUCUUGCUUCUCUGUUAGGGAAUUAUUUGGUUUUCUUUAAGCUUUUGCUAUGUGUAAAAUCCUAGCAUUUACUUACAGGGGGGAAAAAAAGUUCAUUGCUAAAAAAGUGAUGUUUAAAUUCAUGAUGUAAUAUCCAGAUAUGUAUUCUGGAAAACAAUGGAAAAAUUUUAAAGUUACAGUUCCAUUCGGUUAAAUCACAAUUUAUAAUGUAAGUAUAAAUUAGGACCCGAAUGUAAAUGUGAUGAUAAACAGCUGAUUUUUUUUCCUCUCUAAGCAAAAUACCCAGGUAUCAUCCCCUCAUACCCAUUACAAAGGAACAAGACACUUCUUCCUGUGUUACAGCUCUUCAGAAUACUUCUUAUAGCACCUUCUUUGGAUUGGUAUUUAUGCUUCCUGAUGUUUUUGAUCUGUGGAGACAGGAUAAGCUAUUUAGACUUGUAAUUGGUGUUCAGGUCAGAUUCAUGCUCAAGUGCAAAGUCGAGUAUUCUUAGUAGUGUUUAUAAUUAGCUCUCAGCUGGUUCCAAAAGUGCAUUAAUAGUAAUAAAGUUCCUGAAGCAAACCUUCCAAAGUCCUUAAGGAAAGUGGUUAAGCUCCAUAUUUAAGGCAUGGUUGGUUUUUGCUUCGUUCAUUAUACAAUCAUCACUUCAGAGUCACAUGUUGUAUAUAUUAAAUAGUUACCCAGUUUUAUUGAGUCUUGUAAAUAUAACUCAAAAGCGGCUAGUCUAAAGACAAACCACAAACCCUGGUCACUAUUUGCAUGUUCUUUGGAAGCAUUGUCCAUGCUGGUUCUUGCACUGAAUCAUGGAAUUACGGCAUGUUAACAGUAUAGCAGUACAGCACUUUAUCUUAACACCUCUGAGGUGCUACCCAAGUCCAAACUGAUGUAUUAUUCAUCUGUAAAGAUAAGGUACAGGAAUGAACCUUGGUUUAAGGUAUUUUUAUACAAAAAUUGUGUUAUUGGAGGGUGUUAAAAUGCUGGUUUGAGAGAGGUGGGGGCUGUAUUUUAUAAUGUUGAUGUGAAAUUUAUUUUCUAGAAUUGGGGAGAAGGAAGUUCUAUAUUUGCAGAAUGUUUUCAAAAUGAAUACUUGUUAUGAAGUUUCUGUGAACGUCAUGAAGGUUUUGUACAAAUAGGAACCUUACAGUGUCAUUCAGUGUUUAUUCCUGUAUUGUGUACAGUGUGCUUUGUACAAAAAGCUAUACCAUUUUUAUAGGCUUUCAAUAAGCUCUACAAUUACUAUGGCUUAUUUAUUAUUUUCUUUUAAGAUUUGUGAGUCCUACUCUUUGUUAUGUAGUUUUGUUUCUGCACAACUACUGUAAUUUUCCAUAUGGAAUAAAGACUAUUAAUACA